AAGUUUACAUUUCAAACCGUAUUACAAAAUAAGUUAAAAAUAAACCGCAUUUAAAUUAGAAAUAGGGUUAAAGUUUAUUCCGUGUCACCCAUGUUUUUGGUGGAAAUGGAUUAGCCCUGCUUGUUCUCGUGAGAGUUAGAACUGCGCGAAGAAACGCAGCUGCGGAUCGUUGCCUGGCAACGACUCACUCAUAAUCAUAUGCUCGUAAACUAAAGUCGGGCGUCUUCGAACUCUUGGCAGCAUGAGCCACAAUCGUGGCAGAGCCUCAUCAGAAAAGAGAACAGAUUCUAAGAAGCAGUCAAGAACUACAGAUAAAAGUCGUGGCUGUCUGUUCACAGUGUCCACGGACUCUAAAUAUUUCAACCAUUCUAGUAAAACAGAUGGGCAGCACAAAAUUAAACGCCUAAAAACCCGCAAAGAAAGAAGUCAGACGAGAGGUGGUUGGAAGGAGGCUGGGAAGACCAAAUCACGCCACCAWCACUAUCACUGCCAGCGCGGUAAAGACGCUGCAUUUUUGCAGAACAGUUGUAAUAGUUGUCACUGGACUUCAAGGCGGAGCACACCCGUUCUUAGUGCCGUCCCCGUUGCACAGGAGCCAAGUAUCAUUACAGACAGUCGCCUUAUUGGACAUCAUGGACUAUUCAACCAUAAAGUGAAGUCCAUUGAUAUUGAACGGUUGCUAAAUAAUCAAAGCAAACUUGAGCUAAGCAGACAGAAUGUUACAGAAGAGAACAACAACACCUCAAAUCUGUCUUCAGCAACUCACRUUCCAGCUCUGGGUGCCGGUGCUGACUCGAACACUUACGAGGAUGAUGAUGUUAGGCCAGUUAGGAAAAAAACAAGCCCUGUUUCCCAAGAGGCAGAAGUGAAAAACCUUCAGGGAUCAGAUAUCACACCGGGUCAGAGACCGCAGCAACAGCCUGAUCCUUUGUCUGGAAGUUUUAAAAUCACCCCCUCAUCUAAACACAGCCUGCACAGUGAAGAAACAACCACGACAAAACCAAAAAACGAUUUGAAGUCCGAAAACAAAGGUACAUGUCAACUCACUCCUUCAGAUGGCAAUGACAGUGUUACGACCGUGAACAGAAAUAGACACAAGAUUACUGAUUUGGAGCAACCUCAUAAGAACCAGGACCACCAGACCAGAGCAGAUGGUGUCAAACCAGCUUCACUGCAACUCUCCAGCUCACCCACUGCUGCAAGCCUCGACAUGCAGCACAGAAGGCAAGAUCCAGAAAAAGUUUCUGAGGUCAUCAGUGCGGUGGCGGCACAUUUGUCUGGGUCUCUGCCUCUCUCGGUUCUAAAACAUAAUAACUUGUUGGCAAAAAGCAGGAAGUUGCUUCUGAAGUCCCUGCAGAAGAGUCACGGACCCUGGCUUCAGGCAAACCUCCUGGAGCUGCAUCAGUGUGCUGGAUGUGAUAUUAACCCCACACAGGCCACCCUCGACCCGGAGCAAGUUAYGAUGGAAGAAGAUGAGGUUUUACUUCCAGAGACAUCUGUCCCAACAACAGGAAGUAGAAAUCUUACCUGGGAGCCAACUCCUCAGCCACACUGGAGUGUGCAACAGAUGGCUGAGGGCUUGACAGACCCUGUGGAACCAUCUGGUCAUUUUUUUGAUGACGCCUUCAGACCUACUUUGUCUCAUCACUUCAGCAUGGAUUUUGAGCCAUCUGGAUCUGUACCAAGUGACUUGUUUGCACCAAAGUUCUUUCAAAAAGAAAAAGCUGAGCUCUGGCWAGACUUUAAGUCUAAAAGCGAAGAGUCAGCUUUUUUUGAUUCUUUUCCAAAAAGCUUCACGGACCACACCAACAGAGAAGCCAGAGAGAUGACCUGUGAACUGCAGACAGACUAUUGCGACGUUCAACCCUUCUUUCACUUUCAAGAUGGACAUUCAGCAGAGCCAGCACAGUUUUCAGAAGAACAAGCCCUCUUUGAACCUGCCAGAARCAUGUUUGCCCCAUUGGUACCCACCCGAUUUCAUCCCCACUCUCAGAGCAGUCACUUUCCGCCUUUUGAGCAGUUUUCAGCUCGCCCAACCUUCAGCUCUCAUCAUACUGACAUGAUGUUUUACCCCCCAUCCCACAUGCUUGAAAGAAGCCUAACACCUCCACCCUCCUCUUUACUGAGCCCUGAGCCCUGGUCCUUUCCUCCCAUGAGGCUGUACUAAUGUGUUGAUAAUCUGUGCACAGGCUCAAUUCUACCUGAAUUUGUGCCAUCAGAACUUUUUAUUUUAUGUUCUGUCGUCUUGCAUUUAGAUAAAACCAGCAUUAAAUAAAAAAAACACCAGCUGACAUCACAAAAUGCUUCUUAAGUUCCAUACAUGCUUAAAUGAAGAAACACUCAAUUAUGCAUUGUUUGCAUUUUCAGUGCAUUUUUUUAUUAUGCAGAAUUCAACAACAAUGCUGGAGUAAAAAAAUCUCUGUAAAGCAUGAUUUUUAGUUGAAGCAGUGUAAUUUUGAAAACUAUUUGAUUUUUCUGGUGUACACUACAAACACAACAACAUAUUGCACUCAAAACAAAUGU